AUGGCAAGCAUUGACGAUAUUUUCAAGAAACCCGUAGUCGUUCAAGGAAGCGGCAAGCGCAAACUCGAGCAACCGAAUCAUGACCCCAACGCAUUUUACAAAGCAGCCAAGUUAGAAGCGAAUGGCGAUGUCAAGGGCAAAGGCAAAGCUGCCGCCGUUGACGAGCCCGAAGACGAGAGCGACUUUGCGGGACCCGAACUUCCACCCGAUUUCGAGGAAGAUGUGCCUGAUGACGAAGAGGGAAGGUUUUUUGGAGGAGGGGUGGCAAAGGAGACGGCUCAGGCUAUGGAUUACUUAGAUCGACAGGAUCAGGAUGGAGAUACAGCUGUGGAGAAAAUUGACAUUGCAUGGGUGAGGCGUCUGGCCUUGAACUUUGAAAAGCGCAUAUCGAAAAACGCAGAACUGCGAGCCAAGUUUGAGAAUGAUCCGCAAAAGUUCAUGGGCUCUGAAGCCGAUCUCGACGCGGAUAUCAAAUCUCUAUCUGUGCUAUCAGAGCACCCCGAGCUAUACGAAGAGUUCGCCAAACUAGGAUGCGUUGCAUCAUUGGUUUCUCUCCUUGCACACGAAAAUACAGAUAUUGCGAUUGACGCAAUCCAAACAUUAUCAGAACUGACGGACGAGGAUGUGCAAGCCGAACAGGAACAGUGGGACAGCCUAGUCAAUGCAAUGCUCGAUGCCGAUGUUAUAGAGCUAUUGGCUCAAAAUCUUUCACGUUUAGACGAGUCCCAGGACGCAGACCGAAGUGGAGUUUAUUACGUUCUAAAUGUACUCGAGAACUUAGCCUCUCAAUCCUCAGUCGCUGAAAAAAUCGGACAGGACGCCAACACAAUAACCUGGCUGUUAUCGCGCAUCCAGAAAAAGGAGACGCCAGUGGGACAGAAUAAACAGUACUCAGCGGAAAUUCUCGCUAUCCUCUUACAAUCAUCGCCUAAGAACCGAACUAAGUUUGCCUCGCUCAAUGGUGUCGACGUCCUUUUACAACUUUUGAGCUCAUAUCGGAAACGAGACCCGGAGAAAGACUCGGAUGAGGAAGAAUAUGUGGAAAAUCUUUUCGAUUGUCUUACGUGUGUAGUAGAUGAGGAGGAAGGGAAAUCCAAGUUUUUGGACGCCGAAGGUGUUGAGCUUGCACAGAUCAUGCUUCGGGAAGGCAAACUUAGCAAACAGCGAGCAUUGCGGACUUUAGAUCAUGCACUGUCAGGACAGACAGGGGCAGCUGCAUGUGAUCGUUUGGUCGAGGUCGCUGGACUCAGAACAGUAUUUGGCAUGUUUAUGAAGAAGCAAGAAAAUGAAGCUAUCGAGCACUUGCUGGGUAUAUUUGCCUCUCUUCUCCGGCAUUUGCCCGGUGGAUCAGCCCCCCGCAUACGAACACUAGCAAAGUUCAUGGAGAAAGACUACGAGAAAAUUGAAAAACUGAUCAAGUUGCGGAGAGAAUAUGCUGCCCGGCUGAAACCUAUUGAAGCUGGCAUCGAGCAGGAACGAAAGGGGUUGGACGAAUCAGAUCAGGAGAUCAUGGCAGGAGAAUGGCUUUCCCGCCGUCUUGAUGCAGGUUUAUUUGCUCUUCAGACUAUUGAUGUUAUUCUUGCAUGGCUUAUUGCCGAAGAUGACGGUGCUAAAACCAAGAUAACGGCAUCGUUGGGUGACCGAGAUGAGAAUAUCUCAAUAAUCAAAAAGACGCUCCAAGAUCAAGUGAAGGAUUUAGGGGAAGAAGAUGAAGGCGAGAAAGACUUGAAGGAUAUCUCGGAUCGCCACAGUGGCGGCGCGCCGCGCCAAGACAAAAGAUCCAGCCAGAAAGUCCGUCGGAGAUGCAACACAGCGAACGAUCACUCGCUUUCAUCUCUGAAGCUCACUCUCUUUCACCACUCAUCAACCCUUGAAAAGUUCUACUCCUUGCUCUCUUCACACGAGUUUUCAUCCACGGGGAGAGCCGUUGAUUUUGCGCGCAUCUUAAUCAUGGCGGACUACGAGGAGGUGUACGAGGAUGAAUACUAUGAGGAUGAGGAGGAAGGCAUCACUUCCGAGGACUGCUGGACCGUUAUUUCAUCAUAUUUUGAUACCAAAGGUCUAGUGUCCCAGCAGCUGGACUCUUUCGAUGAAUUCAUUUCUUCGACGAUGCAGGAGUUGGUGGAGGAACAGGGACAGGUUACCAUCGAUCAGACCAUCACACCGAGCGAGGAUGAAAUCGAUCCGGUCGUUAUCCGCCGAUAUGAAAUCAAAUAUGGCACGAUUAUGCUUGCCCGACCAUCAUUUUCCGAAAUCAACGGAGCUGCAACUCUGCUUCUCCCCAUGGAAGCACGUCAUCGAAAUCUUACCUAUGCGUCCCCUCUCUAUCUCAACGUUCAGCGACGGCUAACGGAAGGUCGCGAGCGCAAGGUUGCCGACCGUGAAGGCGAAGGCGACGAGAACGAAGAACAAAAACCUGGCGGAACAUACCUCGACUGGGAGGAGAAGCCGUUGGUUAUCUCAGAGGAAGAGGCGAAGGGUUGUUAUAUUGGCAGGAUUCCUAUUAUGUUGAAGUCAAAAUAUUGUCUGCUGAGAGAUCUCAGCGAGCAAAGUCUUUACAACUGGAAUGAAUGUCCGUAUGACUCUGGCGGUUAUUUUAUCAUCAACGGAAGUGAAAAGGUUUUGAUCGCACAGGAGCGAAGUGCUGGAAAUAUCGUUCAGGUUUUCAAAAAGGCGCCUCCCAGCCCCACACCUUACGUCGCAGAAAUUCGAAGUGCAGUCGAAAAAGGUUCUCGCAUUCUAUCUCAACUUUCGCUCAAACUUUUCGCCAAGGGCGACAGCGGCAAGGGUGGUUUUGGUCCGACCAUCAGAUCUUCCCUGCCAUACAUUAAGACAGAUAUUCCCAUCGUCAUUGUGUUCCGAGCUCUUGGUGUUGUUUCUGAUGAAGAUAUUCUCAAUCACAUUUGCUACGAUCGUAACGACACGCCCAUGUUGGAGAUGCUGAAGCCUUGUAUUGAAGAAGGUUUCGUUAUUCAAGACCGUGAGGUUGCGCUCGACUUUAUCAGCAAGCGUGGUUCGUCCCAAACGAGUAUGAGCCAUGACAGACGUGUGCGAUAUGCGAGAGAAAUCAUGCAGAAAGAGUUCCUUCCUCACAUCUCUCAGAGUGAAGGAAGUGAAACUAGGAAGGCUUUCUUUUUGGGUUAUAUGGUUCAUAAGCUUUUGCAAUGUGCUCUUGGCCGUCGCGAUGUCGAUGAUCGUGACCACUUCGGUAAAAAGCGACUUGAUCUGGCUGGUCCACUCCUUGCUACGCUUUUCCGAACUCUUUUCACCCGUGUUACAAGAGAUCUCACUCGUUACGUCCAGCGAUGUGUCGAAACAAAUCGCGAAGUGGUUCUUAACGUGGGUCUGAAGCCGGCCACCCUUACAGGUGGUUUGAAAUAUGCUCUCGCUACUGGCAACUGGGGUGAACAGAAGAAGGCAAUGAGCUCGAAAGCAGGUGUUUCCCAGGUGCUCAGCCGAUACACCUUUGCCUCCACUUUGUCUCAUUUGCGACGUACCAAUACUCCUAUUGGUCGUGAUGGAAAAAUCGCUAAACCCCGUCAGCUACAUAACACUCACUGGGGUUUGGUUUGUCCUGCCGAGACUCCUGAAGGUCAAGCUUGCGGUUUGGUCAAAAACUUGGCUUUGAUGUGUUCUAUUACAGUUGGCUCUCCUAGCGAACCUAUCGUUGAUUUCAUGAUUCAGAGAAAUAUGGAAGUGCUUGAGGAAUUUGAACCGCUAGUUACGCCUCAUGCUACUAAGGUCUUUGUCAAUGGUGUUUGGGUUGGUGUACAUCGUGACCCAGCUCACUUGGUCAGCACAGUCCAGUCACUCCGUCGACGGAAUAUGAUUUCACACGAAGUCAGUUUGGUUCGUGACAUUCGUGACCGAGAGUUCAAGAUCUUUACCGAUGCCGGUCGUGUUUGUCGACCACUUUUCGUCAUUGACAACGAUCCGCGAAGUGAAAACUGCGGAUCUUUGGUGCUCAAUAAAGACCAUAUUCGCAGACUGGAAGCAGACCGUGAGCUUCCCCCGGAUCUCGACCCCGAAGAGCGAAGGGAACAGUACUACGGCUGGGAGGGUCUUGUCAAAUCAGGAGUCAUUGAAUACGUUGAUGCUGAAGAAGAGGAAACCAUUAUGAUUGCCAUGUCACCCGAAGAUCUCGAAAUCUCGAAACAGCUACAAGCCGGUUAUUCUCUGCCUGAAGACAACAGUGACCCAAAUAAGCGUGUCCGCUCAGUGUUGAGUCAACGGGCGCAUAUCUGGACUCACUGCGAGAUUCAUCCAAGUAUGAUUCUUGGUAUCUGCGCCAGUAUCAUUCCGUUCCCCGACCACAACCAAUCUCCACGUAACACCUACCAAUCUGCUAUGGGUAAACAAGCUAUGGGUGUCUUUUUGACCAACUUCGACCAGCGUAUGGAAACCAUGGCCAACAUUCUCUACUACCCCCAGAAGCCUUUGGCUACUACGCGGUCUAUGGAGUUCCUCAAAUUCCGAGAAUUGCCUGCUGGCCAGAAUGCUAUUGUUGCCAUUCUCUGUUACUCUGGAUACAAUCAGGAAGAUUCGGUCAUCAUGAACCAAAGCAGCAUUGACCGUGGUCUCUUCCGUAGUUUGUUCUACCGUACCUACACUGAAGCAGAAAGAAAACUUGGUCUUCAAACGAUCGAGAAGUUUGAGAAGCCGAUGCGUUCUGAUACGCUCGGUAUGAGGAAAGGUACCUAUGACAAGAUCGAGGAUGACGGUCUCGUUGCGCCAGGCGUCCGUGUCACGGGUGAAGACAUUAUCAUCGGGAAAACGGCUCCUUUGGCACCAGAGUCUGAGGAAUUGGGUCAACGUACCAAGGCACACACAAAGGUAGAUGUAUCGACACCGCUACGAGCUACCGAGUCUGGUAUUGUCGAUCAAGUGUUGUUGACUACUGGCAACGACCCUGAUCUCAGAUUGGUCAAGGUUCGUAUGCGAACAACCAAGAUUCCUCAAAUUGGUGACAAGUUUGCGUCGCGCCACGGUCAGAAGGGUACCAUUGGUAUUACUUAUCGUCAUGAAGAUAUGCCUUUCACUCGCGAAGGUGUCGUGCCGGAUUUGAUUAUCAAUCCUCACGCCAUUCCUUCUCGUAUGACAAUUGCUCACUUGAUCGAGUGUCAAUUGAGUAAGGUAUCUUCGCUUCGUGGUUUUGAAGGUGACGCCACGCCAUUUACAGAUGUCACUGUCGACUCUGUGUCUCGCUUGCUUCGCGAGCAUGGUUAUCAGUCACGCGGUUUCGAAGUGAUGUACAACGGUCAUACCGGUAAAAAGCUCAAGGCUCAGGUCUUCUUGGGCCCUACAUACUACCAGCGUCUCCGACACAUGGUUGACGAUAAGAUUCACGCUCGUGCACGUGGUCCUACUCAGAUCUUGACCAGACAGCCUGUUGAAGGUCGUGCCCGUGAUGGUGGUCUCCGUUUUGGAGAGAUGGAGCGCGAUUGUAUGAUUGCACACGGUGCUAGUGCAUUCUUGAAGGAGCGUCUUUUCGAUGUGUCGGAUCCAUUCCGUGUUCAUAUCUGCGAUGACUGCGGUUUGAUGACUCCAAUUGCAAAACUCAAGAAAGGACUUUUCGAAUGCCGACUCUGCAACAAUAAGCACCGCAUUUCCCAGGUCCACAUCCCAUAUGCAGCCAAGUUACUGUUCCAGGAACUUGCCGCAAUGAAUAUUGCGGCGCGCAUGUUCACCGACCGCUCUGGCGUAUCUAUUCGAUAG